AUGAACGAGAAUCUCCCAGUUGCGUGUAAGACCGAGAUGACCGACGCAAAGCUUAAAUUAUUAAUGUGUUUCCCUCCCACAAACUAUCAUCCAUCUCCACAGCUUCUCUUAAAAAUGACAAUGCUUCUUGUUUUACUUUUCUUGCUAAUGGGCUGUGGCGUCGCUCAGAGUAGUAAGCUUGUAAGAGUAAGUCCCUUACUAUUCACUGGCGAGGACACUCAGGAGGAGGAGGACUGCUCUGCGGCUCAGCCAAGGAAAUCGAGCACAAGCAUUCCUCUCAUGCAUCUCCAAGCCAAGUGCUCCCCUUUCCGCAACAACGAUUCAACGUGGCUGACCGCGGUGUUGGAGUCAAUAAAGGGCGACGAGCAGCGCUACCGUGCAAUAACGGGAGCAGCGACAACUAGCUUUACCACACAAGAGGACGCCGGCGUUCCGUUGGCCGUAAAGAACGGAGAGUACGUAAUCAAUUUGGGCUUCGGCACGCCCAAGCAGAGCUUCUACACGUUGCUCGACACGGGCAGUGACAUCACCUGGAUUCCCUGCGACUCGGGGAGCUUGUUCGACCCCUCCAGAUCAUCCACCUACAAAUACCUGACUUGCUCUUCCCAGACGUGCCAGGCAUUCGGCAGCACUCCAACCUGUGGGAAUUACAACUGCAGCAUUAAACAGACCUACGGCGACGGAUCCCAGGUGCUCGUGCUGCUCUCAACGGACUCGCUGGCCGUGGGCUCGCAGUCUAUGCCAGGCUUUAUAUUCGGUUGCGCCAAAGCUCGGACUGGGCUAAUCACCUCCACGCCAGGUUUGGUAGGCUUUGGCAGGGAGUCUUUCUCAUUUGUUUCACAGACGGCUAAUCUGUUCCAGAAAACCUUCUCUUAUUGCAUUCCGUCUUCCACUUCCACGGGUUGCCUUGCACUCGGUAAAUCCGCGCUUUCAUCCUCCGCACUGCAGUUUACGUCUCUCUUGACCAACUCUGCCAAUCCUUCGUUCUAUUACGUGGGGUUAAACGGAGUCUCGGUUGGAGAAGACCGCGUGGCUGUACCGGCGAUGGGGCAAUCAAGCGGGAAAGGGACAAUUAUAGACUCGGGAACAACUAUUACUCGGCUGGCGGAACCCGCUUACAGUUCAGUGAGAGACUCUUUCGUUCGCCAUCUCUCCAAAUUCAGUCGAGCCGCUUCGGUUUCGAUCUUCGAUGCGUGCUUCAAUUUUCCUUCGGGGGAUGUGGAGGUGCCUCAGAUCACGUUGCAUUUUGAUAAUAAUGUGGACGUGCCUCUGCCGCCCACUAAUUAUUUAAUUCGCACGAGUGCGCAGGGCUCAGUGAUAUGCUUGGCUUUGGCUGCACCUCCUAAAAGCUCCUCGGGUUCAGGAGAAUCUAUAUUGGGGAAUUUCCAGCAGCGCAACUUCCGAGUGGUAUAUGACAUUCCUGGAUCUCGGCUUGGAAUCGCUCCUCAAAGCUGCAAAGGUUGUUAGAUGAUUACAUAUUCCUCUGCUGUGCCGCCUCCAAGCUUCUAAACAGCCCUACCUAUAUAAGCUCUCGUUUGACUACUUAAAGAAUAAGGUUUUCUGAAUGACCAUCACUAAUAUGUAUAAGCUAUUGUUCGAUCAUAUGAAGAAUAUGAUUUUCUAAAUGACUAUUACUUUAAUUAAAUAUAUAUGAGCUCGAUCUAGUUUGACCAUAUGAAGAAUAUGAUUUUCUAGACGACUUUACUCUGGCUGAAUGUAUUAAAUGUUCUAAAUAAAAUGUUUAGUUUAUGCUUA